AUGGCCAGAAUGUUUUCCGCAGAAGAGGCUGCUGCAUACUGCAUGGUAUCCAGCUCAGAGGAGUUUAGCGACUCCGAUUCUGAGUAUGUGCCUCCUAGAUCAGAGAGUGACUCAUCUACUGAGGAGUCAUGGGAUAGUAGUGGCACGGUUAGUGCUCUGGAGGAGCCCAUGGAGGUAGAUGAGGAGGUUGUGCAGGAUGAGGAAGAGGGCAAUAGGGCUGAUACUGCAGCUGGAGGAGAGCCUGCGUAUGCUCGAGCUCGUGCGUGGCAUCCAACAGAUGUAAAUGAGUUGAAGAGGUUUUUGGGACUCACAUUGGCCAUGGGUCUCAUAAAAGCCAAUUCUUUGGAGUCAUAUUGGGACAGCACUACCGUGUUGUCCAUCCCCAUUUUUUCUGCCACAAUGCCAAGAAACCGGUAUCCGCUACUGCUCCGGUUUCUGCAUUUCAACAACAAUGCCACUGCUGUACCCCCCAAUGAGCCCGGACAUGACAGGCUGCACAAAUUGAGGCCCCUUAUAAAUAGCCUGUCCGAGCGCUUUAGAGAAGUGUAUGCCCCAUCCCAAAACAUUUGUAUAGACGAAUCGCUUCUCCUUUUCAAAGGGCGCAUAAAAUUCCGGCAGUAUAUCCCAAGCAAGCGUGCCCGCUAUGGGAUAAAAUUUUAUAAACUGUGCGAAAGCAGCUCUGGGUACACAAGUUUUUUUUUAAUUUAUGAAGGGAAAGACUCCAUAUUAGAUCACCCUGGUUGUCCCCUUGACCUGACUGUCAGUGGCAAGAUUGUAUGGGAGCUCAUCUGUCCCCUUCUGGGCCAAGGUUACCACUUAUAUGUGGAUAACUUUUACUCGGGUAUCCCACUGUUUAGAGCCCUAUAUUCAUUGGAUACCCCAGCCUGUGGCACUAUAAAUCGUACCCGUAAAGGACUGCCCAGGGAUCUCCUCGAGAAAAAAUUGAACCGUGGAGAAAUUUAUGCCCUUAGAAAUGAUGAGCUCCUUGCCAUCAAAUAUUUUGACACAAGAAACGUUUUCAUGCUGACAACAAUCCACGAUGAGUCAGUAAUCACAGAACAUAGAGUUGGUAGGCCCCCUAAAAUCAAGCCUCGCUGUUGCAAGGAAUACAGCAAACAUAUGGGUGGUGUUGAUAGAACUGACCAACUCCAGCACUAUUAUAAUGCCACCCGCAAAACAACGGCCUGGUACAAAAAAGUUGGCAUCUACUUGAUCCAAAUGGCCCUCCGAAAUUCAUAUGUUGUAUAUCAGGCAGCAGUACCAGGCCCAAAAUUGACCUAUUAUAAAUACCAGCAGCAGAUACUCCCUGCCCUGUUGUUUUGUGGUACAGAGGAGGCCGGGCCAGAGAUGCCAGCUAUGCCAGCAAGUGACAAUGUGGCCAGGUUGAUAGGAAAGCAUUUCAUAGACACGCUUCCACCCACACCUGGUAAAAAGUUUGCCCAGAAAGCCUGCAAGGUGUGCCGCAAAAUGGGUAUCAGACGAGAUACACGGUACUAUUGCCCAAAGUGCCCUCGCAACCCCGGGUUGUGUUUCAAACCGUGUUUUGAAAUAUACCAUACUGAGCUGCACUACUAA